AAGGCCGAACUCCGAGCAGCUGUGUUUUUAGCACUAGAGGAGCAAGAGAAAGUAGAGAACAAAACUCCUUUAGUCAAUGAGAGCCUGAAAAAGUUUUUAAAUACAAAAGAUGGCCGCCUGGUGGCCAGUCUGGUUGCAGAAUUUCUUCAGUUUUUUAAUCUUGAUUUCACCUUGGCCGUUUUUCAACCUGAAACUAGCACAUUUCAGAGUCUCGAAGGCCGAGAGAAUUUAGCCCGGGACCUGGGGAUCGUCGAGGCGGAAGGCACAGUGGGCGGGCCCUUACUGCUGGAAGUGAUCCGGCGCUGCCAGCAGAAGGGGCGAGGGCCUGCGGGUGUGGAGGGUGCACUAGAUCUGUCUGAUGCACAUUCCCCACCAAAGUCACCGGAAGAGAGAACAAGCCCGCACACAGCUCCCAGUAAGAUACCAAGGUAUAAAGGACAAGGUAAGAAGAAGACAAGCGGGCAGAAGUCUGGUGCCAAGGUAACAUGCAUGAGGGCGGAGGGCAGAGCAGCCCGUGGGGCGGACCGCGGCCGUGCGGGCCACCUCCGGGCCUUGAGUUCCUAUUACCUGGGCCCGUGCGGGGCGGACCGCGGCCGUGCGGGCCGCCUCUGGGCUUUGAGUUCCCGUUGCGGGGGUGAAGUGUUCUUUCGAGGUCACUUUCUUUUAUCUGUGGCAGAACAUGACAAAGUCACGGUGCCCCGGAGGUUCUCUGAGUUCAGAGGGAAGGAUGGGGGAGGGGCUGGCAAUGGGGACCCCGCAGGAGGCGUGAAAUCGCUGUACGGGAAGGUGCGGGGCACGCUCGUGGUCGGCGGUGGCUCCCCGCGGGGACUCGCGAUGUCCUCAUCCGCCUGGCGUCUUGGCGCCGUGGACUUGCCUGCGGUCUUUGCUUCCUGGCCCGGUGCAGGGGAGCCUGACCUCAGCCGCUCUCGUUUGGGGUGGAAUCAGAGUGCCGUGUCACCGUGUCCCCAUUUUUCGUUUCUCUCGUUUCUCGUUAGGGCCAGCGAGCCCAGUAAGCAAGGCGGCAGCCUCGCGUCGCUCUCGGACGCCCCCUCCUUCAAAAGCGGACUCAGCGCCCUUCCUGGAGCCCCCUCAUCGAAAGACUCGGAGAGUAAAAGGGCAAACACAGUUUUGAAAGAUCUGAAGUUGGUCAAUGAUAAAAUUGGAUCACUUGGAUUAGGGACUGGAGAAGAUGAUGACUAUGCUGAUGAUUUUAAUAGUACGAGCCAUCGCUCAGAAAAAAGCGAGCUAAGUAUCGGUGAGGAUAUCGAGGAGGACCUUUCCGUGGGACUGGACGACGCCAACACCAGUGACAAACUUGACGACCUGACACAGGACCUGACCGUGUCCCAGCUCAGUGACGUUGCAGAUUAUCUGGAAGACGUCGCUUUCACGUGAAAGGAGGAAGUAUUCCAAUCCACAGAAGAUGAAGGACUCCGGCCCGGGCCACUUGUUUUUUAGACAGUCGCUGCCGGAAUGUCUGCUCCCUGUUGGUGCCUUGUGUUUCAAAAAGACUGCAGAUAUUUUAAAAAAUUAACGAUUCGUUAUACUAAACAAAAUACUUCCGAGUCGAGCCCACGUGUGGAAGAUUUAAUAUUCUUAAUUCCGUUUACCUACGCAGUUCUCUGUGGAAAUUGAUCGUACUCAGAUUCACUGCAAGGAGCAAACCCACGCAGAUGCCAGUAUUGAAAGCACAGUGAGAGGUGUCAGCAAAGCUGUAGGUCCCCGCCACUCUUCGUGCGUGUGGCUUUGGCCACUUGGAGCCGGGGUGGACUUGGCGUCAGGUGGUGCUGCAGACAGGUGGCGAAGCAGCCUGGCAGCGCUGACACCGCCACCGUGUCGCACUUUCUUCCGUUUGGAAGGUUCGUUAGACCAUUACGGUUGCAUCAAAAUCUGCCUGUGUGUGUGCUACUUGGUUCUGCUGGUUUUUAAAGAAAUCUAGGGACAGUUAGGAUUUUUCAUUAAUGCCGUUGUCCCUGACGGCAUUUGUGGUUGCUGCCUCGUGUCCACGUAAGAAGCUUUAGUCACGGCUUCUCUUUGUUAUAGCUCUAAUUUAUUAUUUGUAAAGAUGCCUUGAAACAUACUGAAUACCCAGAUGUAUCUGAAAGCAUUAAGCAGUGCUUUCGUUUCAGAUCUGUAAAUCUUUUACGUUAAAGUCCAGAUGGGACCAUAGCAGUAGUAACGGCCUGAGACCAGACCCGUCUGCCGAGCUCGCUGCCCCGUGCGCAGCUUCACCGCAGCCCCGGAGAGCGCUGUCGGGAGCGGCGUUUGGGGCAGGCCCGCUGCUGCCGUGCUCGUGUGCGGUUUGGAAGGGACAGUUGGAAGCGACGCGUGCACGCUCAGAUGUGAAAGUAAGGCUGGGAUCGUCCGUUAAAUUUUGUGAUUUCCUUUAUCAGUUAAAUUAUGGCUUUUUAUUUAAAGUCGACUUUGUUAAUAAAAGGAGCAAAUUAGACCUAAUUCAUGGAUCUCAGUAGGUGAGCAGACUCAAUGGUUUGUGUAAUGGCAGGUUUUCAUCUUAUAUUAACCUCAGUUUUACAAAAAUAUUUGUGGGGCCCUGUUACGUGAAGGGAAUGAUGACGUAAGGAUUAAGGUUACAUCAUGUUAGAAUUCGAGUCCGUACAACUUAAAUGCAUGAGCCGUGAACGCAGGAGGAGGUAGGACACGUGGGCCACAGGUCAGCCCGCCAGGCGUCCCGUGUUGACCGUGAGCAAGCAGCUGUGUGACCAUGCCUGUUGCUGAAAGCAACCAAGGCGCUUGUCACAAAACGCGUUUCCCUGGAUGUCAUCUGUAAGCGGCCGCUUUCUGUAGAGCAUCAUGGUUCUGCUCUGGCCUUCCGGGAUCUGGGUUAAAUGUGAUUCAUUUUUGUUAUUUGAUAGGAGUUGGAUUUUAGUGAAAUGACUUGGAAGUGUAGUAGAAUGUGGUAUUUUAAAUUUGUGAAAACUUUUGACCGGUAGCAUCUGACAUUUACCAUCUUCCUGUUACCCAGAGUCGGACCCCGGCGAUCCCGACCAUCAGGGAGGGUUUGGCGGGGGGCGGGGGACAGGAAACUGGCAUCCGCACCGGGCACCUCUGAUCGAACAAUUUUAAAUUAGUUCAAAUCCGGCCGUGAAAACGUCUUAUUUCCAUGUGUGUUCCUUGAUUAGGUAGGUUUUGAGUGAUUUGUGUGUGUUUAUUUUUAAGAGGUGCGUAUUGAAACAUUAACCGCUGAAAUACAUUUUCAUGGUGAACUGUGUUUUACUGUGGAGUGUUUGAAGUGCUAGGUCUCAUUUUAUUGGUGGUAACUGAAAGUGAAUAAAAAGCUCACACCUCUUA